UUCGCGAAUAGUUGACACGACAGGGCAAAUACUCAGGACAGAUUUUCCUGACGUCCGCCAUUUUUCCGUCUCAUUUUGCUCUGUAGCAGGUCAGCCUCCGGCCUGGCGGCGGCGCUCACGUCCGCCCCUGGCAAACACUCAACAGGUUAUUUUUGAUGACGUCUGGAAAGGAAAACAGGAAAUUCUGGGUAGAAACGAAAAGUUCGAGACGUUUUCAAACGCAAAGAUGGCAUGCUUUGACAGCAAUAAGGGGAGUUUGGAGGAGGACAGCUAUGAAGGAGCUGUCGGUGGAGAGCUGUCCGGCUGUGCGUUGGCAAUGCUGGAAAAGGAACGGGAAUCUCUUCCCAGCCCUUCAGAGAGCCAUGGCACCUUCAUCAGCAGCACCUCUACUAGUAUUCUGGCCACUGCACCCCUCCAGGGCUAUGAUGUGGAGUUUGACCCGCCCCUAGAGAGUAAAUAUGAGUGCCCUAUCUGUCUCAUGGCUUUGAGGAAUGCCAUUCAAACACCCUGCGGUCACCGUUUCUGCAAGCACUGCAUUGAGAAGUCUAUUCGUGAUACAGGACAGAGGUGCCCUGUGGACAAUGAAAGGCUGUUAGAAGACCAGUUGUUUCCGGAUAACUUUGCCAAACGGGAGAUUCUGUCGCUAACUGUUCGCUGUCCAAACUCUGGCUGUGCUGAGAAAAUGGAGCUCCGAGGUUUAGAGAACCAUUUGGCGCAGUGUCAGUUUGCCACUGUGCCUUGCCCACAGUGCCAGCAGUCUGUGAGAAAGAGCCACCUCGAGGAGCACACGACUGUUGAGUGCCAGAGGAGACCGGUGUCAUGUCCAGAUUGCGUGGCACGCUUUGUUUAUGAGGAGAGCGAGCUUCAUGAGCAGCAGUGUCCCUUUGCCAGCGUGAAGUGCCAGUACUGCGAGAUGGAUCUCAUCAGAGACCAGAUGGAAUCUCAUUGUGAUACAGACUGCCCAAAAGCACCCAUUGCCUGUAACUUUAGCACCUUUGGAUGUAAGGAAAGGAUGCAGCGCCACAACCUGGCUCAGCACAUGCAGGAGUUCACGCAGAUGCACAUGCGCUACAUGGCUGAGUUCCUGCGUGGCCUCAGCCUCAACGGCACCACACCCAAGUCCCUCUGGACGCUAGGACCUUCGGUUUCCUCUGAGGACCAAGGAGCUGCUGCAGCAUCAGGAUCGGCCUGUAGCGGGCCCAGAGGAGCUGCGGGCUGCAGCAGCAACUGUGCCCCGUGUCCGCCUAGCGAGGAGACGCAGAGGCUUAGGGAGAUGGAUGGACGAUUGGUAAGGCAGGAUCACCAGCUGCGUGAGCUCAUCAUCUUAAAAGAAACACAGGCUGGCCAUCUUGCAGAGUUAAGGCGUAGAGUGUCAAUGCUGGAGGAGACAGUAAGGGAGCUGGAGUCGCAGCAGUGCAACGGCAUCUUCAUCUGGCGCCUCAAAGGUUUCUCCGUCCACCUGCGGAACCAAGAAGCAGGCCAGCCAGUGGUCGAGCACAGUCCCGGCUUCUACACAGGCCGCCCGGGCUACAAGCUGUGCCUGCGCUUACACCUGCAGACCCCCAACGCCCCGCGCUGCUCCAACUACAUCUCCCUCUUUGUCCACACCAUGCAAGGAGCUUUUGACGGGCAGCUGACCUGGCCGUUCCAGGGCACCAUCCGCCUCACCAUCCUAGACCAGGGCCCCGAGGGCCAGCACCACACGGAGGCGAUGGAGACUAAACCAGACCUGCAGGCCUUCCAGAAGCCCACGAUCCAGCGCAACCCCAAAGGAUUCGGCUACGUCACCUUUCUGCACCUGCACCAGCUGAGUCAGAGAGCCUUUGUUAAAGAUGACACUCUACUCAUCCGCUGCGAGGUGACACCACGUUUUGACAAUAUGCUUCACCGCGAGGGACCAACGGUGCAGCCGAGGGGGCACGAGGCCUCAGUUUCGAGGGACUGAAGUCAAACUGCGAUCUAUAGGAUUAUCAUCAUCACAUCUGCCAGAACUGUGUUUUUAAAUACUGGUCGGUUCAUUUGAAUUCUUGGACAUUAAUUAAUCAAGUGUUAAUUCACACCCAUUUAAGGUUUGGACACUGCAAGUAUGCUAGUAUUUAUUUCUUCACCAACUUUUAAAAUGUCAGCGUGGUUUUUUUUUGUUUUAAUAAAUAUAUACAGCACAAUCCUUUUUAAUAUAUUUGAAAUGUAUGUAGUCACCCACAAGGUACCAACAUUCAGCAAGCCUCAUAAAAUCAAAUUUAGUAAAUAGUCAAUAACAUUUAAUCAGCUCAACAUCACCAGUUCAAGAUGUGCACUUUAAAGAUACCCUGUGGAGUUUUUGGCCACUAGUGGCGCUAUGGAGCAAUGUUUGUUACAAGCAGAUCUUCAUUGUAUUUUUUAUUAUCUCAUGCUCUACUAUCAGACACAAGGAUAAACAUGUACGCACAGGGGGCAUGCGGGUGAUGACGAGACACAAAUUCUCAAAGACGCAGAGGGUGCUUACAAAAACGAGUAGCGCAUACAAGCCAUAAAAACAAAAGAAAAAGUCAAAACCGGUUAAACUAAUCCCCAAGGAACAGCGCCGGGUUGUGUAACAAUUUUGUUACUUGACCACAAGACACUAACGAGGAUAGAAAAACCAACUCACCACCGUGUCAACUCUCCUCCUGCUGAUUCCUGUAACUGGCCGGUCAAAAAUGUUCAAAUGUAAACUUCAAAGAAAACGCCUAGCAAAAAAAAGUAGAAAGGAUGAACUUCAGCUAUGAUCCCCACAACACAGAGAAGCAAGACCAUCUCUGCAUCGGAGCAAGCGAGGAGGGAUUAAACACCAGCUGAGAUCCCGGCCACGCGGAUGUUCUCUUGCCAAGCAAAGUACAAAAGUGUACGAACUGUAAUGUCCUUUUGUUUCGCCGAAACUUGGCGUAAUCUUGGGAGUAGCGGACAACGCCAUUCAACCAGGUGACUCUUCUUUCUACAUACUGUUGUGACAGAACAGA